CCCAUGGACCUGGAUUUUUGCGCAGGAAUUCAUUCGGCCGAGGGAGCCACGUGGAAAGUAACCCGAGCAGAGCUGAGGAAGGAGACAGGACCGGUUUUUCCAAUCCUCAAAGGCUCCCGGGAGGAGGGGAAUUUCGGGUUAAAGUACUGGAGAUUGCCGGUCGCCGAGGCGCUUUGGGCCCCGGGGCCCCCCAGCCCUGCCCCGCGAUCCCUCCUCCUAGGGCGGGCGCGUGGGGAAGCGCAGAGCGCCGGCUCCGCGGGCGGAAUCGGGCGUGGUUUAGGACCCGGGCGCCCGCCCGGCGCGAGCGUGGAGCUCCGAAGUCGACCGAGACAGUCCGCGUCCAGCGCGUCCCGCUGCGCCCCGACCCUCCGCGCCCCACCUGCGCCGGCAUGACGGGCUCGCUGUUCAAGGGCAACUUCUGGAGCACUGAUUUCCUCAGCACCAUUGGCUAUGAUACCAUCAUCCUUCAUUUGAACAAUGGCCGCAAGAACUGCAAAGAGUUUGAGGACUUUUUAAAAGAAAGGGCAUCGAUUGAAGAGAAAUAUGGCAAAGAUCUGCUCAGCCUGUCUAGGAAGAAGCCAUGUGGACAAUCGGAGAUCAACACCCUGAAGAGGGCCCUUGAAGUCUUCAAGCAGCAAGUAGACAAUGUGGCUCAGUGUCACAUUCAGCUUGCGCAGACUCUGAGAGAAGAGGCCAGGAAAAUGGAAGAAUUCAGGGAAAAGCAGAAGCUACAACGGAAAAAGACAGAGCUUGUAAUGGAUGCUGCCCAUAAACAAAGGAACUUACAGUUCAAGAAAACCAUGGAGGCAAAGAAGACCUAUGAGCAGAAAUGCCGGGACAAAGAUGAGGCAGAGCAAGCUGUCCACCGGAGUGCCAAUGUGGUGAACACGAAGCAACAAGAAAAGCUUUUUGUGAAGCUGGCCACUUCAAAGACUGCAGUAGAGGACUCAGACAAAGCGUACAUGCAGCACAUCAACGCACUGGACAAGAUCCGAGAAGAGUGGCGGAGUGAGCACAUGAAGGCCUGUGAGGUGUUUGAAACUCAAGAGUGUGAACGAAUAAACUUCUUACGGAAUGCACUGUGGUUACAUUUGAAUCAGCUGUCACAACAGUGUGUCACAAGUGAUGAGAUGUAUGAACAAGUCCGUAAAAGUUUAGAAAUGUGCAGCAUUGCAAAGGACAUUGAGUACUUUGUGAAUCAACGCAAAACUGGCCAGAUUCCACCAGCACCCAUUCUGUAUGAGAAUUUCUACUGCCCCAACCGGAAUGCAGCUGCACCAGGAAAGGCUACAGGAACUAAUUUGGCAAGGCGAGGACCUCUCCCAGUUCCUAAAAGUUUACCAGAUGACCCUGAUUAUUCUUUGGUUUCUGACUACAGUUUGCUGUAUCAGUAAUACAGAGAAAAGAAAGCUUUUUCCAAUUAGUGCUUCUAUGGCAUGGAAUGAGGCACCCGAGCAGCAGAAUCUGUAGCCAAAUUUUGUCAGUCAAGAAGACUUUGAAGUGAACCCCUGCUGUAAUUUCUUGAUAUUUUAAAUUUAUAGUAGACAUUUAGUUCAACUUAAGCUGGUAGAUUUCUGCAGUUUUUUUGAUGACGUUUACAAAUUGAUACAGAUCGAAGAAUUAUUCUUUCCCAGUCAGUUGCUAAGGUUGUGAAGGAAUUAUUUCCUACUUGGGAAACAGGGCCGUCUCUGGAUUGAAGCGUUGGCUUUUCGGGGAGGGGACAAGGUGGCUGGAGAGGAGUCCAAUGAUCAGCUGCGGAAGAAUCUCCUUUGGCUUUGGGCAGCACGGUGAUGGAAUUUCCACAGUGAUACACACUGUCCAUGGUACAAGAUUUUAAAUUACCUUCCUUUUUGGCUGGAAGGUUUAGAAGGCAUUUGAUUGCACUUUCUCAUUUUGCAGAUGAAGAAAUGAGGCCCGGAAGUGUGAAAUCAGUUUCCUUAAGGCUCUACUAAUUAGAGAUGGAACUGGGUCUAGAGCACAAACUCAUUUUGUAUCACUAUUCUUCUAAUUCAUGAUGCAGUGGUGCUCAUGCUGAAAUUUAAAAUGCCUAAUUUUGCCAGCAUUUUUUAACUCAGAAAAUUACCAGGGUUUAAAUGUUAGAUUUAUUUUUAUAUGAAUCACUGUGUACUGAACUACAGAGCAGCAUAUUUAAUCUAAUCUAAGAAGCCAUAGAUUGUAAUAUACCAUUAUUUUGUGUACCACUAAUAAGGUAGGUGGGGGGAGUUGUCAGUUAACUUGUGAGGGGUCAUGCAUGGCCAAGCCUACUUGAAUUUGAGAUUGUUAGGUGAAAAAAAGAUGCUAGAAUCAGUGAAAUAUGGUAUUUUGUGUAUUCUCAAGAGAAUUUUAGAGUUCCAGAGGCAAUCUUCAAUCCUGAAUCUUCACUGAGAAUCUUUUAUUUACUGGACGCUGGAUUCUUUAAAGAGUCAGUCUUAACCCUUUUGCAAAUAUCUGGGUCUUGCUUUGUUACCCACAAACAGCAGGGAGGUUAUUGCCUUUUGUACAACAUUGGUACACAGAAAGUUACACACUUUAAUGAAUUGCAAGUUAAAAUAGCACUGUUACUUAUUUGGUAUGUUGUGCUCUACGUGACUACAAAAGGCAGAUAUUUUCCUUUCCUGCUUGGUGCAACAGCUUUCCCAGAACUAUGGAUAAAUUAAUUAAAAGACUGAAUUUUUUCCUCCCUUUUAAGAUGAAGACUACUGAAUGUGGCAACGCCUCAUGAUGACAGGAAACUUGUGUCAGUUGGAUAUCCUUUUGAAAAAUUCAAAUUUGCAAAUGGCCAUUGACCUCCCCAAACUGAACAGGCUCAGGAAAUUUUCCUAUGCACUCAGAAUGGUGUAGUUUUAAGUAUAUUAUUUAUUAUUGGCAAUUCUUCAGGGAUUUGUCUUUUCUAUCGGUGAGUGUAAUUGAUGAAAGAGUGUUUCAUAAAUGGGAAAUAAUAUUUUUAUUGCUCUGUCAGUUUGAUAUGAAGUAAAAUAAAGUUUUCUCUUCAAAGCUUUAUGCGACCCCCACCCCUUGUCACAUUUGCAGUUAUUAGAACACAGAAAAACAAAUUGCUAAUCAUGGAGGUCGUGUAUCAAAUGCAGUGUUACUUCACUGAGAUAUGCAUAUAACAUACUCAAAGCAUUUUUAUGAGCACUUAAGUAUGUUACAGCAUGUAGGUUUGUUCACAGUAAGGGAGUCAGGGUAUAGAGUUUAUAUUCAGGUUUAAGGACUUUUGCCAUAGAGCUGGGGUCAGUUUCCUCAGCAGUUUUGGUCACAACCUAAACAUCUGUAUCAGCACCUGGGAAUGUUCCAGGCUCUGGCGUGGGCUCAUGUUUUCUGGAGAAAACCUGAAGUUGCCUGAGUCACAGAGCAGUUAAGGCACCCUGUGAAAGAAACUGUGUGUGUGUGUGUGUGUGUGUGUGUGUGUGUGUGUGUGUAGAGGGCUGCUAGUCCUCACAGGAGUGAUCCCAGGAAGCACCAACAUGGGAGUGAAGAAGUGAGAUAGAGAAAGUAAGGAUAGCAAAAAGCGUACAUUAUCAAGCCAGCUACUGAGUGGGCAGCUGGAGCCUAAUCCUGCUGGGGACUCUAAUCAGUUGGAAGUUGAGGGCUGCUCCUGGGGAGCUUUACUUACCUGGCACAUCUGGGCAACCUGUAAUGGUCUCAGAGUGGGUUCCAGAAGUCUCAGAGGGUGCUCAGGCCAGGACAUAGCUCUGGGCAGUUCAAAGUUGGGUGGGUGCUUACAGAAAUGACAGGCACCGAAGGCUUAUGGAUGUGUACUGACAGUCUUGCCUCUGUGUGGCUCAGAUUCAUCUGUGCCCACAUUAAUUUGAUUCUAUCCUACCACUUUCUUCAAGACCCAACUUUCAAACAUUCAUACACACACACACACACACACACACACACACACACACACACACACACGGUAGUUUAGUAGGAUAAGCUACAGUCCUGUUGCUACAGACAGUCCUAAAUCCAUAAAUGAUAUGAGCAGUGGUCAUCUGCUAUCUGCAAGCCAAGGAGAAAGGCCUGAGAAGAAACUAGCCCCACUGGCACAUUGAUCUGCUUCCUCUUGGAUUUCCAGCCUCUAGAAUGGCAGAAGAAUGAAUUUCUGUGUUUAGGACACUCUGGUAUUUUGUUAUAGUAGCCAAUUUUACAUUCUAUAUUGGGACAUCAUGUUGUACACCAUACUGAAGGAAUUCAUGAGUAAAAAAAUAUUGUAAACAAAACAAAUAAAAUAAAUCACACUCAUGUUAUAGGUUCC